ACCAAAAGAGUUGCAACGUUUACUCACUCACGAACCAGGCUCGAGGAAGCAUCCUUAAAAAAAACCAGAAUAACUUGGUCGCUUAUUCUACUGAAUCGAAUGAUAUUGCACACGAAGACCUAUAGUUAGUGUUGGAAAACCACCGUUCACAAUGUUGAUGUUUUUACUAUUAUGUUUUCUAGCAAAUGCUCCAAGUUUCCAUGCACAGAGUUAUGGGGCAAAGACACCAGACACCAGAGGGCGCCAAUUUAUCUUCGGUAUUCCGAGUAAUGUCCGGCAACCAGACAACAUAAUUAUGAUGAUAACCGGCCAUGAGCUGGGUUCUAACAAGAUAGACAUCAGUAUUCCGGGUCUUGGAUUCCGGAGGACGCAGAUGUUAAACGGACUCGGGCAAGUGCGCAUGUUGCUACCGACGCAAGCGGCAGCUCAUGGCUGUGAUGUCCAAAACGGCACGGUAUGGGUUUCAUCAACAAAAGAUGUGUCCGUGGCAGUUCUAAACGAUAUCGCCAAAUCCACGGAAGCCUUUUUAGCAAUUCCCGUAGAUGCAUUAGGUAAGGAAUACUUUGUUGCAUCAUACGAUCCACUUCCCGAAGAAUUCUCUGAGGUAAUGAUAACCUCAACUCAGGAUAACACACGGAUAAAGAUAACAUUCCAGGCACCAGUUACCUACCAUGGUAUGUCGUAUGCUCCCGGAGACAUUUACACAUUUACCCUUAAUCGUCUGAAAUCCGUUCAGUUUCAAAGUCAUAUGGAUAUGACGGGAACCAGAAUACAGGCAACCGCUUCCGUAGCUGUCGUCAGCGGUAACACGUGCACAUUGGUACCUGGUAGAUUACCAAGGUGUGAUCACUUGGUUGAAAUGGUUCCACCUGUCCCAACAUGGGGAAGUAUGUUUACACUAAUGCCGUUUUUGAAUCGAACAGCCGGGUAUAUAUUCCGUGUGGUUGCAGCACGUGCAAGGACUAGUGUUCAGAUAUCAGGUGCGUCGAUUUAUUUACAGAACCAAGGCGAGUUUCAAGAGUUUAACGUACCUGGUGAUACUAUUACCACCAUCAGCUCCAACCAACCUAUUAUGGCAUUACAGUUCGCAAAGGGCAGAGACAGUGACGAGAUAGGUGAUCCAUUCAUGACAAUAGUUCCGCCAGUAGAACAGUAUAUUAAAGAUAGAGUAACAUUUGGUACCUUCAACAUCUCUGGCGGAGAUUAUUUUCAUCCUUUUGUCAAUCUGAUGAUUUCAUCACCAGGAAUUCUUAGCAUGAUCAACGUCAACUCUAUUCCGUCUAUGACGGGUACACAAUACGUGCCUGCUUCGGGAAAGAUCGUCAGUUACGGAGGAAGUCGGUCGAUGGCCUUGAUGCAAGGCAUACACACACUCAUGAACCCAGCACCGGGGAAUUCAUUCACUGCGAUCACAUACGGUAUAGGACCUUGGACAUCAUAUGGGUUCCCAACAGCUUACAAUCUGAAGACGUUAAUCUGUACUCGUAAUGAUCCUACAACAGGCAGUGUUGUCGAAUACGCAUGUCCUCAACAGCCAGAUACAAGCAAUCCAUGCACUGGGAUCGUCGGUGGUAUCCCAAAUCCUAGGGCUAGGCAAGGACAGCAGAUUCCUAACCCAAACCCGAAUCCAAGACCAGGGCCGAAUCCUAACCCGAACCCAAACCCAAGACCAGGACCUAAUCCUAACCCAAAUCCAAACCCAAGGCCAGGACCUAAUCCUAACUCCAAAACAAACCCAAGACCAGGAUCUAAUCCUAACCCCAAUCUUAAUCCAAGACCAGGACCAAAUCCAAACCCUAAUCCAAACCCUGGUCCGGAUUUGAACCUGUACCCUGGACAAUCAGCUGGUGUGCCUGACCAAGGAAAGGGAAAUAAUGACGGUCGCCCAGUACCUGGUAGUCCUGGUAUGGGUAUGCCAGGUAUGGGUGUGCCAGGUAUGGGUAUUCCAGGUAUGGGUGUCCCUGGUAUGGGUAUGCCUGGUAUGGGUAUGCCUGGUAUGGGUGUGCCUGGUAUGGGUAUACCUGGUAUGGGUGUGCCUGGUAUGGGCAUCCCUGGUAUGGGUAUCCCUGGUAUGGGUAUCCCUGGUAUGGUUAUCCCUGGUACGGGUAUGGGUAAUCCAGGAGUUGGUGUGCCUAUUGUGCCAGGUGUCGGCCUACCAGGACAAGGACAGGGUGGCCCGGGAUUCGGACGAGUACCUGGGAAUGGAUGGGCAUGGAGGACUCCACCACCACCACCACCAAUGCUUCCAACACUGCCGGACAAAUGUUUUUCACAGAAUCUUGUAGCGGUUGUUGCUAUUACGCCUGCGUUAUUGGUAUUAUUGUUGAUGAGUAUGAUUAUGUGCAUUGUUGUAAAUCGAGUUAAAGAAAUGAAAUAGAGUGUGUGUGGAAUGCUGGACCAUUUCAUCUUAGUACCUCUUCUAGAUGAUGAGCAAACUUUUAUAUCAUGAGACUUCCGUAUGGAGCAGUGUCUCCAUACGAUAAGCUAAUUAAUUUGUUUUGUAGUCGGUGGUGUAUCAUUCUUUAUUCAUAUAUCAAUCAAUAAAAUGUACAAAAGAAUGGCAAUAAAUAAUUCCAGGACAUCGACUGGUUCACAGUCCACGCAGGAAAGUAAGAAAAAUAAAAAUAUAUAGAUAUAAACUCAAAUAAACAAAACAUCUUCACCACAUUUAUAUUAAUUAAAUUUGUGUUUAUUCAUAUUAUUAUUAUUUAUUAUUAUAUAUUUGUUAUAUAGCUAAUUUUAAAGAUAGUUCUCUUCAAAACAAUGAGAGAAUAUCGACUAAAAAAUUCCUUCAAAAUAUAUAGAUACUGUUACAAUAUUUGUUAUUUUGUAUUAUCUGUUUUAUGAUUUAAUUUUGUAAAUAUUUGAGGGUGUGUCAUGUGUAUCUAAUAUGCGUUCGGUAACUUAGUUAUAAGUAAUUGCUGUCUUUCCUGAGGAUUAAUUACAGAUUUUUUAAAGAGGAAAAGAAAAUAUUGAAUAACUAAUGGAUGUUAAAAUACAAGUUCGUUGAACUUUUAGGCUGUCUAAUGUAUUUUAUUUACGUAAUAGUUUGCAUUAUUCUUUUUAUUCAAGAUAUUAAUGUUUAUAUUUUCUGGUAUAAUGUAGUGUCUUCAACGACAACCACCAAAGGAAGGUAUUAUCAGUAAUUUAAUUAAGUCUAGUUUAGAUAAGUAGAUAUUUGUAAGGCAUCGGUGUCUACAAGACGACACAAGAUUUAUUGUUUAAUAUUAAAUUGUGAAUAUCUAUCAGAAUAUAAACCCUAACAAAAUAUAACCUCUCAAAGUUUGGUACUGAGUAGAUAUAAACUCACAUUCUGAAUAAAAUACAUUUUGAUAAUGUUAACUAUUUUCAUAGCAACUUCUAAAUAUUUUUUGCACAAAAUGUACAUAAGUAUUUUAAGAAAAAAUAAUCUGAGAUUAAAUGAAUUUUUUUAUGAUACGUUUAAUGUUAUCUUUGUGAGAUAAUUGUUGUUACCAUUGUAACGACCAUGUCGUGAGUGGAAUUAGAAGCUUGUGCAUGUCAGGUGACUGGAUCUUUGGCAUUAUGCUCUAUAUAGAUGUAAAAUUAUUAUUAACAAGAACUAUAGAAAUAUAUACCAUGAUAGUCUGCGCAUGCUCAUGGUAAGCAGGAAUAUAUAUACAGAACUUAUUUUAAUUGAAAGAUUCAUAAAAUGAAUAAUUGUACGUAAUUGUUUUUAUUUAAAAUAUCUGUGAUAUUUUUGCACCAUUCUUUUGAAAUUAUAAACUUGAAAAGUCA